GAUAUGCCGACAUGAGACUGAUGAUCGGCGAAGGAUUCUGAGAGACUGAAAAGAAGGGAACACAGAGCCAAGAACAUUUUGUUGAGGAGUUGCGUUUUCUAAGCGCGCCGUUUCCAUCUUCGUUCUCUCGAUCGCUCAGUGAGACAGAGUGACAAGGAACCGUUUUCUGCUGUGCGAUGGCGGAGAAACCUCAACCGGUUCGGGUGUUAUAUUGCCCCGUCUGCAGUUUGCCCGCCGAGUACUGCGAAUUCGGACCCGAUUUCGAGAAAUGCAAACCCUGGUUGAUCCAGAACGCCCCUCAAUUAUACCCUGAUCUCCUCAAAGAGGCGAGCACUGAUAAACUUGCCGAGCAAUUGCAAAAUAGCGGAAUAUCGUCAGGGGCUAGGGAUGGAGGUGCUACCUCAGCUCCUAAGCAGGAAGAAGUCAAGCGUCUUCCUGGUGGUAAGAUCAAGAAAAAGAGUGGCACUCGUUUUCAGGAGAAGCAGGAGGUUGUCAUUGAGAAGGUUAUUCGCAAUAAACGAAAAUGCAUUACCACUGUGAAAGGCCUUGACCUUUUUGGUGUCAAGCUCAGUGAAGCAUCAAAGAAACUUGGGAAAAAGUUUGCUACUGGAGCAUCUGUUGUCAAGGGACCGACGGAGAAAGAGCAAAUUGAUGUUCAAGGAGAUAUAUCUUAUGACAUUGUGGAGUUCAUUACGGAGACAUGGGCUGAUGUCCCAGAAACUGCAAUUUUCUUCAUAGAAGAUGGGAAAAAGGUCCCAGCUGCUUGACUCUGAAAUCCUGGCAUAAAGAGAGUUUUAGACUGACAGUUAAACUAGGCCAUAUUACUUUACUUCUGAAGUAAACGGCUGAUAAACUUAUACAGCUUUUGUCCAUACAUCUUGAGCCAGUCAGAUCCAGUCCUCUGCCCACAGUUACGGUCACUGAUUGGCUUCAGCUUAGUUAUUUAGGGUCAAAAUUAUUUUGGAACCUUGUUAUGAUGCAUGGUCAGUGGUUAAAUUUAACUACCUUAACCGGGUGAUGUUAAAUGUUGAAGAACUAUAGAGUUGUUAAAUUGAGUUUGGAUUUAUUGACCGUUACAUUCAGCCUUGAAAAUUAGUUUUACAUGCUGUCGAUUGAGAAA